AUGCAGGAAAAUAUUUUCAGACGCUAUGCUCAAUCAGCCUCUUGCACGGGCUCGUCGGCCUACGCAUCACGGCUUCACUUGCCAUCGCGAUUCACCCUGAACGCACUGCAAUACUGCGCCGUUCCGCGCCACCAUCAUCGCUGGAACACUGCCAAGCCCGCCCUGACUCAGCGUCCGCGACUUCUCUUUGUGCGGUUCUGA